AUGGUACAUCGCGUCUUAUGCACCUCAAGGUGUCCAAAUUCUGAUCAUCUCAAGAUUUGUACUGCCAAACUCUCACUAGCUCUUAAUUCGAUCCCCGAACGGCAUGCCGUUCUUUUGAACCUCUUCCUCUCCGUUGAUCCAUACUUACGCAGCAGAAUGACUGGCCUAGAAGAUGGCCUAUACUUGCCCCAGUUCAACCUUAACGAGGUUCACAUAUUCACUGUUGAACAUUGA